GAAACACUUUCAGGAGAGAAGGAAAUGAGGAUGGGUGAACUAAACCUUGUCCCUUGUCGAUGCUCUGAACAGCAACAGGAAUGAUGAUUGGCCAUGUUGACAGGUUCUGUUAAGGAGAUAACUCUCUAGCCACAGUCACGUGAAAGCAAAUUGAAAAAUGAUCAGCUUUUGCCCACAGUCCAUCACCGUGGCAACAGUCGCCUUUCUGUUGCUUACAACAGCAGUAACCUCAGCGCACUUCCGUGUUUGUGAGCCUUACGCCGAUGUCAAAGGUCGAUACCACUUUGGUUUCCACUGUCCACGCCUAUCGGACAGCAAAAGUUACAUGUUAUGUUGUCACCAUAAUAGCUCAACCUUUAAGUACUGCUGCAAUGAGACGGAAUUUCAGGCAGUCAUGCAGAUGAACAUGACGGGACAGACAGAGGGAUACAUGCACAAUAACUACAGUGCGCUGAUUGGAGUAUGGAUUUAUGGUUUUUUUGUCCUAAUCCUGCUUGUACUGGACCUUCUCUACUACUCUGCCAUGAAUUAUGAGAUCUGUCAAUUUUACUUGUCUAAGUGGGGAAUCCGAGGCAGCUGGCUGAAGCAGGAUGAGGGCCAGUGGAACAGCUCUACUCAGGGAGAGGCUCAGGCCCAGGCCCAGGCUCCAGCCCAGCCCCAGGCUCCAGCCCAGUCAUCACAGGCGAUGCAGAUGCUGAAGGCAGAUGCUCAGAGUCCAGUCUUGAUGUCUUUUCAAAGUUCAACUGCAUGAUGCAGAAUAGUGCCUGGAUAUGGAGUGAAGACAAGAAAAGAGGGAGCCAUUGAAAUACAGCAAGAGGAUCAUCCCAGUGAUGUAUCUGUAGACUGAAAUAGCUGAUAGAGGAUAUGGUGCUUGAUCUUGGUCCUGACUGUACAGAUAUUCCCAAAAUGGACUGAACUAGUAGCUCAUGUGAUCGAGUGUCUGGUAGUCAAGUGCAAUAUUGGGAAACGUGUCUACUCAAACUGAAUGUGACGUGUAAGCAAUAGUCUUCAUGUAUAUCAAAAACACAGUAAACUGUGUACACUCCAGAAUAUUCACCGUUACCUGGUCAUUAGUGUUCCUUGAGGUCGUGCAGAGUUAUAUUUCUAUAUCCUGGGCACACUUACCAUAUUUUUACUGACUUUCUGAUUGCAUGUUGAACAAACACUAGCUGGGUGUGUUUUCACAGAUGAAAUAGCCUCUUAGAACUGAUGUAACUUUGAAAAUGCACCAGCUUCACUCUCACUCUAUAUAUCACAAUAAUACUCAAGCCUUAGAAUACAUUUUGAAAUAUCUCUGUUUUAUCAUCUAUAACUUGCAGAUUUUAAAAAAUCCACCUGGAGUUUUACCUUUAGCUGCAGCUCCCAUUAGCAUCACCAUGCUAAUGCUGUGUGGGGCCAUGGCAAUGUUACAUGAUGGGAAGAGGUGUUUCUACAACAAUAUAACACUAGAACAAGGUUAUGAAAUAGGGUCAGCUGACAGGAAGAGGGCUUUUACUGAAAUAUAAUACCCACUGUUUUACCGAAAUCCUAGAGGGGAAGGGUGAAUUAUAGACUGUGCUCAUAUAUUGACUAUAUAGCCAUUACGUGCUUGAUUGCUUUGCCACCUAAAUAUAUUAAUCCAAAAGCAACAAGGGGUCCUCCACUUCCGCAAAUCAUUCUUUAUUAUUCAAAGGGUAGAUAUUCAUCUCAUGUGGUGGCGUGAAAUGCGAAGCAAUGGAUCAGGUGCCUAUUGUACGUAGUUAAUUGGUAGCUGAUCUAAUGCUACCUGUUUUGCACAUUGCCCGAGAUAAAUUUCCACCCCUUAAUCUUUAUAUCACCCCCCAUGACCAAUUUGGCAUCUGUCUCCUGAUCCCUAUUGUCCUGAUCUCUCAUCACUCCACCUUGAUAACUCAUGUCUUUCCAGCACUAACCCUAACACCAACCAGGCCUGGUCUCCUCUUUCACAUUGCCUGUUCUUCUUCUCAGAUCCCCACAAAUCAUUUAUCCAAAUACAGAUCUAAUGAAAACCUAAGGCUCAAGAAGGUUAAAGACCCUGGUUUAUUACGUUACCACUAUUACUCCAAGUGGAAUUGGAGAUAGCAGUAUUUCAUUUCAGAGCGGCUAUAGUAUAACCGGAGGUAGGAGUAUCUAUAAUGGGAACUUUCACGCUUUUUCUGUAGUCCAAGAAUUUCCUGUAACUCAAAAGCUUCUGUCUGAAUUAGCUGACUUGAAUAAUUUUUGAACUAGUUAGCAAAAUAAAACAAAGUACAAAAAUAAGGUACUCCAUCUUGGCAAGGAGAAAGUAAGAUUUAACUGAUGCACCCAGUUCCAAUCACAAAGCAGAGUUUGAAGGAAAUGCCUUGAUGACAGUGCCCAUUAAACCCAAUAUAAACUUCAAAGUGAAUGAGGCAAACCCAGGUUUGAUCACUUUUGGUCAAUGGUGGAAGGAACCUGAAUGGUACAGAAGAAUAAAAGUGUUUAUUAUACCUGUGCACUGUAACUCCAGGCGUGCUAUCUGAAGCACAGAAACUAGCAGCACCAUAAACCCUCCUCCUUAAUGUGAUUUGCGAGUGGUCUUCAGUAAGUGAUAACAGAAU